CAAAGUUACUUCACGGCGAUAACAGGUGGAUAAAUAAACGUGUUUUAAAGUGAGAAUCCGCCAGUUUUCUCUAAACACAUUCGUUUAUAAAUUUAUAAGAGUAUUUUUUAAUUCAGCGGUGUGAUAAAAGGUUCUUUUUUUUUUUUAAAUAAAUAAAAUUAAUUAUCAUUCAAAAUGAAUUUUUGCUACUUAGGAUUGUUUGUAAGAUUAUCCGUUUUUGCUGUUACAUUUUCAAAUGCAUUGUACACAUAUCAAUCUCAAGCACCAAAAAAAUAUGUUAAUUACCUUCCAAAUCCCUACGUCUCGGCAUUGGUUACCGGCGAAACCUCAAAGCUGGGAGACGUUUUUUUGGAGUUCAAUCAAAAAGUCUACCGUGAAGACAACUUUCAGAUUUCCGUGCAAAUUACUGAUGAGAAAGGUGCAGUGAUCACGGAUAUUAUUGAGGGAAUAAACUUGUGCGAUCAACUUGACAUUGAAUUAAUGAACCUAAGACCUUUUUCUCCCAGUAAUAUCUUCGGUUUGACUGGACUGAGAUGUCCAAUUAAUUUUAUAGACCACCGUAAACUGACAGACAUACUACCAUUCCAUUGGCCAGAAGAUCAUUAUUUCCCGGUAGAAAUAGGCUGCGGAGUUCGUAACUACCGAGUGACACUAUUAAAAUGUCUUGGACCGGGUUUGGUAUGCCAACCCCUGAUCCAAAGCCGCGUUGAAUCGAAUUUUGUAUCCGACCGGUGUGUAAAGCAGUCUUUCCUAAUAAUAGACUUGAUAAUGAUUAAUAAAAGUCCAACUGCCUUGUCUAUGAAAAGCGUAAGCAUAAUCGACAAUAAAUUAACAAAAGUUAGUAACUAUGCUCGUGACAACAUCGUGGGUACUCAAGUGGAAAACAUUGAUGUGAUUGACGCCGAAACUAAUACAAUAGUGAUAGCUAAUGACAAUGACAACAACAUUAAAAUGGUGGAUGCCGGAGUUGAAAAAUUCCGCCUAAUCGACGCUAAAGUCGAUAAAGUUGAGGUAAAUACCGACACAAACAGCGUCGAGCUCAUCGAUACUAAUGUAAAAAGCUUGGAAACAUCAGCCGAUGACGUAAAAGUGAUUUCCGGAUCGGAUCGCGCGGAUAAUAACUUUGGUAUAAUCAACUCCGAUUCAGAAAAACACAGCCUGGUAGAUGCCUCUGUAAACGACAUCCUGCUGGAAAAUAAUAAAGACGGGGGCAUUGAUGUCUCUGAUAAUCAAUUGGAGACAAUUAAACGAGACGACGAGAUAAAUUCAACCGUAGAUCUGUAUCAAGAUGAGUAACUCUAUCCAUUAUGUAAGUUACGGUACUGCUUAUCAAUAACAAUCAAUAAAAUUACUAUCUAUUCACUAUUUUAUCUGCAUACUGUACGCGGCUCUUUAUUCCCAAUGUCAAUGGAGUGUGUACUAAAUUUUACUUUUUUUUUUUUUUUAAGAUAUUAUUUAGGAUUAACUAUUCAAAAGUUUUGAUCAAGUGCUUGCAAUAUUGAGAGUUGUAUAUGUUUAUAAAUAAUUUAUACAUCUAUUUAUAGAAUUUUUUAAUGCCGAGGCAUGUAAGCUGAAUGACAACAUAUUCAUAUUAGUUUUUAUUAUGUAACAGUUCCUUUAAAAAUGCAGAAAAAAAAUAGAUAAAUAAUUUCUUAGAACGCAACAAAAAUUUUAUAAAUAGAAUCGAUAAAAUCUUUUAUUAAAAAAUUUAGGGCCAGUUUUUCUGAGAUCUAAUUUGAUCCGGGAUUAAUGUUACGCUUUGGUUAUAUGGGACAUAAUAUAUUAUACAUAUAUGUAUGGUAAAUCUAUAUAAAUAUACCUUGACUUUAGCACAUCUGA